UCUCCCGCACCCAAACAACAGCCAUUUCAUUCUAUGCUUGCAUCUCGUACUUUCAGCCGAUCCUCAUCUUCAGUCGUCUCAAUGGCACUCUCACUUGAGAAUUAUGCCCUCCGACAACGACGCUUCGCUCCCCUCAACCCAGCCCUCGCGGAAUCUUCUGAUGCGCCUCGGUUAAAAGGAAUUGUGUUCGAUGUAGACGGCACACUAUGCCUACCACAGAAUUACAUGUUUACCGAGAUGCGUAAAGCUCUGGGCAUCGACAAGAAAGUCGACAUUCUGCACCAUAUUCGGGGUCUUCCCACUGCUGCCGAGCGCACCGCGGCAGCCGAAAAAAUCAAAACCAUCGAGCGAGAGGCGAUGAAGCAUCAGCAGCCUCAGCCAGGUCUGGUGGACCUAAUGGACUACCUCCAGUCUCGGGAGUUACAUAGGGCCCUCUGUACACGCAACUUCGAGGCGCCGGUGAUGCAUCUCUUGCAGAAUCACCUUCCUUCUCACGUUUUUCUACCCAUCAUUACGCGGGAAACGCCCGGUCUACUUCCCAAGCCUGAUCCGGCCGGGAUUCUACAUAUUGCCCGGGAAUGGGGACUUGACAAUCACGCUGGGAAUUUGAUCAUGGUUGGUGACAGCAUUGAUGAUAUGACUGCCGGUCAUACGGCAGGUGCAGCGACUGUGCUGCUUGUCAACGAGCACAAUUCUCAUCUCAAAGACCAUGCUCAUACGGAUCUUUAUAUCGACCGUUUAGACGAGCUGAUUGACAUACUAGAAAACGGCUUCGUUGGUCACCGGGGAGGAGAUAAGCCACCCACAAGUGACAGGGAUGGAUAGAGUAUACAGAAGAGCCCUCAAUCGUCGCAUAGUCUGGUUUUGUAUAAAGAGUAAACUGGUGUACUAUACACAUGCGGGGAGUAUAUACAGUCCGCGAAUGGGAUGCAAAGGCGUAUUCUCAAUGCCUUUAUGGAUAUAGACUCAUGAAAACAUGGUCACC